AUGGGUGGCACCACCACAUUCACACCCAUUCUCUUCCGCAACACAAUAAUCUUCUUCCACAUUUCACUCUCAUCCAUUGUUUCUUUCACAAUUCAAUUCAAUUCCCUUACACCCAUAACCCAUUUCUUCUACUUUCGUUUUCUUUCCCUUCCAAGCUACAGUUUUUCUGCUCUUCAUUCCUUGCAUCCAUUGUGUUCUUCAGCGGCAUCUGAAAUUUCUUUCCUUGUAAAGGGUGUAUAUUCUGGAAAUCCAUGGAAUCUAAAUACUGUGACUCCAAUGGGGAAGUCUCACCGAAGCAAAAAUCAAAAUCCAUUUCAGCAGAGCCAACAAUCUCUAAUAGUAAAAAUGAUUGCUUUGAUUGCAACAUUUGCUUGGAAUCAGCACAUGAUCCUGUGGUCACUUUCUGUGGUCACCUUUACUGCUGGCCAUGCAUAUACAAGUGGCUUGAUGUGCAAAGCUCCUCUGUUGAACCAGAUCAGCAGCAGACAUGCCCAGUUUGUAAAGCUGAGAUCUCCCACACUUCAUUAGUUCCCCUCUACGGAAAAUCGAAUUCAGAAUCCGAAGAAAAGAAACUCCAGAAGAUGAGUGUGGGAAUACCUCACAGGCCACCCCCUUACAACUUGAAUGCUAUGUUAGCUUCUGCUCGCACACCGAUUUCGCACUCUGGCCAGCAACUGCAUCCAAGUUAUUUCCAGGCACAGUCAAGACCAUUUCAUUAUCAGCAGUACAUCCCUCAUGUCUAUGGAAGCUAUGGCACCAAUGGAUUACCUUAUCUUGGAGGUGCUGCUAUGACUAGUUUCUUUAAUCCUAUAAUUGUUAUGUUUGGUGAGAUGGUCUUGACUAGGAUUUUUGGGGUCUCAGAUGCAAAUAUGUUUGCAUACCCUCAUAAUAGAAGUGGCAGCCCUAGAAUGAGAAGGCAGGAAAUGCAGAUUGACAAGUCUCUGAACAGACUUUCUAUCUUCCUCCUAUGUUGUAUCAUUUUGUGUCUUCUCUUAUUUUGAAGACAUUUUAUUUCAAUCUGUAUAGGCACUUAUGUGCAGCUGAGUGUUCAUGCUGUUAGGGAUCUAUUAUAGAUUGUGCCAACAUGUGGAUAGUAGAUUUUAGUACAUAUUAUGAAUAUGAUGAUAUGAAUCUUGUUAUUUAAUGAUUAAGUAUGGCAUGCAUGUAACUAGAUGAAAGUUCUAUGUUCCUGCUCUGGAACCAAAUGACCUAAAAGCCAGAUGGAGAAGUUUGUAAGAGGCAAGGGUGUAGAGGAAUUCUUAGAACAAUCAGGCCUUAAACUUGACCAUUUAAAGAUGUUCUCUCCCCUUCCUCCUUUUGUAUCGAAUCAAUUUGUGUUGAAACAGUGUAUUGUUAACUCAUGUGGCUUACAUUUUGAUGUGUUCA